AAACGUUACUCGCACCGCCUUUUUAUGAAACAUUUCACUUCGGCGGAAUGCGGGCUCCUUCAGUCGGUUCGCUCUCCCUUAUGGCGUCCAAGGUUGUGGCUGCUCAGCGGUCGCCGGAGUCCAAGCCCGAAAACCCUCGCAUCCCUCCCGUUCAGCAGAAAGAGGUCUUGUUAUUCGAGUGGUGGUUAAUAAAAGCGGAGAAGGCUUAUAAUGGGAAGAGGCUAACAGUUGGUGGAUUCACCAAAAGGGGGGAAGCUGUGGGAAUUUUCAAAUCUGCCCCUAUCAUCAAACGCCAUGAUCACUGUACUCUUGAGACGGCUGAUGGUAUCACCUUAAGGAUCCAGGGUUCUAUCAACAAAACUCGAACUAUUGAUAAUGGGUUCCCUCUUGAGGUUUGUAAUGCUUUUUGGUUUGGGUUUCCUUCCUCUUGGGACAUUUUUUUUGAGGAGUCCUCUGGGAGCAAUCCCUAUGAUUGGAAAAUGCUGGAGCACCAGCCUGAAACCAGAUUUGACCCAUCAUUUCAGCAGAAAACUGUCUUUUUGAGAAAUUGGUGGUUAAGGAGAGCAGAGAAGGGGUCCGACGGGAAUAGCCUAGCAGUUGGCGGGUUCACUGAAUGGGGGAAAGCUAUGAGAAUCUUUGAUUCUUCCCCUAUUAUCAAACGCCAUGAUGCCUAUACUCUUGAGACAGCUGAUGGGAUUACCAUAAGGAUCGAGGGAUUUAUUAACAAAAAACGCACUCUUGAUAAUGGGUUUCCUUUUGAGGCUUGUAAAACUUUCUUGAUUGGUUUCCCUACAACCUGGACCGAUUAUGCUAGUGACUCUUCUAGGGACAAAUCCUCGCAUGCUGAAAUUCCUUUAAUUCCCUCUAGAGGUGCUGGGUGUUGUAAGGAUUCUCUUGAAAAUGCACCAUUUGGAUUUCCUGUUAAAUCGAAGAACAUUAUCCCUGAAAACGUUUCGUCUACCUCUAAUACUUCUGCUCGUGCUUCUGGUACAAGACUUCGGGAGGCUAUACUGAAAUUUGCAACCUGGGUGUCAACUUCUAGUCCUGUGCACAUGCCUUUUGUGGACAGAAGUUCCCAUCAUUUACCAGAGAGAAGUAUUUGUGAUAAUAAUCAGCUGCAAAAUGAUGAGAGUUGUGGAGCUAAUAUGAGAGAUGCUCAUACUAUUUACCGGUUUCAGGAUGAUGAGACUCAUGGAACUAAUUUGAGAGAUGCUCAUUCUGUUUACAAUUAUUGUGAAACUGGCCAUACUCCUGUUGACAAUGCUUCUGAAAAACGUGAAGCUAGCUGUACUGAAGGACUUCAUACAUCAGGAGUAGGGUGCCCUUCAGUUGAUUUACAUUUAGACGGACUCCCAGAAGAGAAAUGCAAUGGGCAUGUAGUAUCAAAAGGUCACCAUGAUGAAUGUGUGGGAACUUGCAGCACUAGUAAUUUGUCGGACUCUGUAGCUGGUAAAGGCCAUCAGAAAGAGGAAAUUGCUCAGGAAAAAGAUGAGAAGAAUGAUAUAUGUUCAACUAGAAGGCCAAAAAAAGUAAGAUCAGUAUUAUCAAAUGUAGAAAAUCAUGGAGAAGAUCAAAAGUAUGCCAAGCUCACAAGUAAGCCUGUUAGAAGAAGUUUAAGAUUAAUGCCAUCAAACAACCUUGAAGAUGUUCACGGAGAAUUUCAAGAUAGUCCUCAAUUCCUUAAGGGGACCAAUGAUAUGAACUGUGCUAACUUGAUACUUGAUAGAUCUAAAACUUGCGCAAGUCAGCCUAUUGACACAUUAGUGAAAGAUGGCUCCUCGUCUCCAAAUCAUUAUGUAGAAGCUCAGAAAUGUGCCAAAUCCUUAGCUAAACCUGUUAGAAAAAGUGAGAAAUUAGUGUUGCUAAAACUUGAAAAUGUUCAUGGAGAAUUUCAAGAUUAUUCUCAGUUUCUUAAUGAGACUAAUAAUAUGAACCAUGCUAACUUAUCACCUGAUGGAUCUAAAAUUAGUGCAAGAAGUCGGCCUAAUUAUACUAUGUUAAAAGGGAGCCCUUUGUCUCCAACAUCUAACAUUCUUGUUCCUUCAGCUGGGGUGUUGUCAGAAGAAAAUCAAGAUGUUCAUAAGCAUUCUUUUAAUACACAUUUAGGACUAGUUGAAGAAACCCCUGCAAAUUCUAAAGCAGUAACUUCACAAACCAUGGACAAAAAGAUGUUAAGGUGCACUGGGAGAAAGAAAGAUAAUCAAACUGCUAGAAGCAGAACAAAAGCUGAGAAAAAUGGCUCCAGAAAUCAGUCGUCUGGUACUAGUUUUGAAGAAAAUAUAUUGGUCUCUUCUGCUUCCAUUUCAAGACCAAAAGCAAUUCCUCUAACUCCCAUAUCUGAUAAAUCUUCCACAAUGAGAAAAAAUUCUGAAGUUGCAAAACAUAUUGAUGCUUCAACAGAGACACAACAGACUAAAGAUAAAGCAUCUCAUUCAAUUGGAUACAAAACUGUUUGGGUAUCUAGCUAUACAGAUGGUCAACGUACACCAUUAACCCGAUCUGAGAAGAAGAAAUCAUCUAUUCUCACACCCGAAUCAUUAAAUUUAAAGAGAUCGAGAUCAGGCCGAUUGCUUAUUCCAAGGUUAGACUGUUCCAUGAGGGUGAUGUAUGAACCGGAUGGAUCAUUUGCCGGAACUGCUACUGUGGAUGGCUCGCGUGCUGGAAAUGCUACCGUGGUGAUGUCAACAUCUCAAUGCAAAGGAAGUCGAAAAGCGCUUAAUAGAAAGCAGCAGCGUUAAAUAGUCUUUUCCCAGAUAACAGACUUGGCGCUAACCAACCAGGUGAAUGGUGCGUUUUCCUUGAAUUGUGUAUGUCAGAUAGACCUCUUUCUUCCAACAUACAUAUAUAGAACGCAGCUGCCACUUCUGAGAAUAGCUGCUAAAAAAUCAAGAAAGUUUGCUGCUAGUAACUGAUAUAUGUAUAAAUAACCAGAUGUAGGUUUCCUUACACUGCCUAAUAUUUUUAACGUUUGAAUGCAUAAUAUGGUCAGUUUUGUUCUGCA